UCGGUGCGGGCUAGUCCCCACCAACCCCAGCUGCGGUGCCCGGCGCGCCUCUCACCAAUCGCCGGACCGUGUCCUGCCGAUGGGCAGCUGGUGCUUCCCUUUCCCGCCUCGUCGCCCCACUGUAUCCCUCUCGAUUCGUCUUCUUUCGCGUCCCUGUUUCUGGCCUCUCCCAUCACAUCGCUACGAACCUCACACAUCAUCAGACACACAUCACAUACAGACGCACCCUGGAGGCGCACCCACUAUGCCCUUUCAAAGCACCCUCUCGAGCUGGCUGGUCGUUCCGCUGGCGCAAUGCAUCACUCUCGAGAGCAGCACCAAGACUGUGACUGAGGCCCGCGGCGUCGGGACUGAGCGUCGCCGGAGCACCAUUGACUCGUUCGCCCGGCGAAGGAUGCGCAUUGCGACGGGGCAAGGCGGAGAGAGCGCUCAUUGGCCCGUGCUGUGUCGCUCGGCACCGCCUUUGCACCGCCAUCUUCGCGGGCCAGACCAGCAAAGGCCGCACGCAGGCCCCCACCUCGAUUCGGCCACGUCCUUUCUCGCGGCUGAGGUCUGACAUCAGAUGAGAGAAGUACAAUUAAGCCUGUUUGGCGCAGUGGCAAGUAAGAAACGGUCCAUGUGAGGGUCGAGGGGGAAUAAGUGAGCAACAACCGGAGUGAGAGCACGGCGGCCGGCGACCCGGCGACCAGGAGAGUAACGGGCCGCUCAG